AUGCACCACUUCCACAAUAACAAGUCGCAGCCAUCACUUCCGCAGAUAUUCGAGGCAGGUGGUGAGGACUAUAGCGAACAUCAGGGCUCCAAUACCGGCCUACCUGCCCGCUAUUCAUUGGUUAUUCCGGGCGACAACGACUCCCAACAACCGCUCUACGCAUAUUCCAAUGAUCAGCCCGCCUACCACCCUCCGCACCACCAUCACUACUACUAUCACCACCACCACCACCACCACCAGCAACAAAAUCACGACGACAACUAUACUCAUCCUGCCCACUCCGCGAACAGAAUUGGCCACGAACUUCCGGACUCACCUCCACCACCGUUGUCUCGCCAGCAAGGAGGCAGGCCUUCUUUGAAUCUGGUUUCCACUUCUCCUACUUUCGGCCUCGGCAGCUCGUCUGAUCUGAGCUCGGCCGACCCGUCCUACACAACGCAUAGCUCGGAAGCCUCUCCUCUAGUGGAAUCCCAGCCACGGAAGUUACGAAAGAGCCUGUUUGGAUUGACAUCCAAGGAUAAGCACAAAGAUAAGGAUUCUUCAUCGCGAGGCACCAAAGUCCUUGGACGUAGCAUAUCUGUGAGACGCAAGGUUCCUGGUCAGACACCUCCAGACCAGCAGAAUUUAAACGGCCAGCCUUUUGACGCUGACCUGAUAGACCCUAAAGAGGAAGAUUCUACAGAGAUCCGUAUGCCUCUACACAAGAAGUCCAGUCCCCAAUCUGUCCCUCCCUACCCUCCCUCUAUAAACCGCUCCUCUUCAAACGUUGAGGGCCAGCAGUUUGACCCUCCUCGAAUUCAACGCGUGAGUACCGAACCACUUUCCCAUGAGUUCUACCCGCCGCGACAAUCAUCGGCACACCAGUACCAGGAGGGACUCCACCUUUCUGGGUCACCCCACCCCCAGUUGCAGCUUGACCAAGCCCACCUGCAGCAGCCAGGCCCAAGCUAUCAGUUAAGCGGACCACAGGCCUUUGUAGACCAGGUAUCAAGUGCUCGCAGUCAAUCCCCGCAAGUGGAUCCUCAUCUCACUCCAAGGCCGCCAUCCCAGCAGUCCUUUGGGCCCCCUUCUCCCCUUAAUCCUCAAUAUCAAGGUUUUGAGUCUAACCAGUCUAAAUCUCAUUUUGGACAGUCUCUCCAACCACCCGCCGGCCCGAACCCCGCGCAAGGUGGGAUGGAUAGGCAGACAGGACUAAGACAGCCCGGAGAGUCGAUGGGACAGAAUGCCCAGCCACAAACUGCUCAACCUCCAAGCCUCAGCCCUGGUCCUAGCUUCAAAGGCAAUUUGCCCCAACCAGGUUCUGGUGAACCAGAUCGGGACACUCCACCUCCACCUCCUUCAAAAGCCCGAGAUGACACUUCUGAUGUCGAUGUUCAAGCCUUAGUUCAGAAACAUGAAGAGCUCCAGGCGAAGUAUAUCAAAGUCAAGAGAUACUAUUUUGAAAAAGAAGCGCAGGUGCAACAGUUGCAGAACACAGUCGCUCAUCAACGGAUGUCUACAUCACGAACUGUUUUAGACGACAACGAAUACUCGACACGCUUUGGUAGACUAGAUGGCGCCAUCAACAAUCUUGCAUUCAAUAUCCGAAAGGACUGGAAGAGUAUUCCGCCUUGGCUACAAGGUGUUGUUAACGAGGACGCUCACAUGGUGGGUACCAAAGAGAUGACCGCCGUUGGUCGCGCGUGUCUCACAAGAUGGCUGGUGGAUGAAAUUUUCGACCGGUACUUCCAUCCAAGUUUGGAGCCCGGCUUAAGUCGGCAAUUGAAAAUCAUCGAGCGUAAUGUCCGGCGUAUGGGCAAGGCUACUACCGAAGAAGAUAAAGAAAACCAUCUAGCAAAGCUUUCGACAUGGCGGCGAACGACUCUAGACGGCCUAGGAGAGGCAUUGCAGGGCAAGUUAGCGGAGGAUCAUCGCGCCCAGCUCACUGGUUCUCUUGUUGAAAAACUGACUGCCAGCCUUGAGAUGAACCUCAAAGACCCAGCGCCACCAGGCCUGGAGAAUGGAGUAGCCAUGAUUGUUGAGCUUGCUGUUGGAAUCGCUGCAAACAUACCGCUCGAGUCUAGAGAUGUGACUGUGGAAUAUUUUCUACCUGGCUCACCAAUCAUAGAAUCGCAUAUGAAACUCGAAACGACGUUGCCUCCCCUUGCGAACCUCGUAUCCGAGAGUCGUCAGAGUCCUGAGCCUUCUUCGGCAUCAACCGAUCGAGGCGACCAAGGAUCUCUAAAAGAACUUACCAUGGAAGGAGGCUCCUUCGAAGGAGACACGUCGUCGUCCUCCACGACGAACUCCGGCUACAGCUCUAAGGAAGGCCGAAAGAAAUCCGUUUUCGGUUCGCUCAUAUCCAAAAAGACUCAUUCAACUCCGAACCAAGGACAGACAGACUCUAGCAGGCCUGGUUCAGUGGCACUUCGGGAUGGGAAAGAGCGCAGCGAAGGCGACAAAGACGAGCCGAUGCGCAUUCGAUUUGCUGCUUUUGUCGCGGUAGAAGUCCGCAGCAAGGGUGUGGGCAACGUCAUUGUCAAAGCACCGGUUUAUGGCCUUGUAUAAGAGGUCGAUUUGCGUCGUUGAUAAUGGUCUAAUAUGAACGGAAAAUCUAAUUUGGGAAAUAUGGAAAGUGAUUUGUAUGAAACGAUUUUGUUGCGGCUACUUGUGUGAUGCUUUUGCCGCUUCGUACGCUUUAAUGGUUUGCCUCAUUUGGGUUUUGUCGUGCUACGGAGUUGGGGGUUUAUCUGGCUAGAAAUAUACAUAUCGACAAUUUGGGUUACCGGCGAUUCCUUACCGGGUUUGUUACAUUCGCGAUGACGUGCACCUUCACGUUCAACAUCUUGCAAUCAUCCCCUGUCCAAAAA